GGAGGGCGAGAGGGAGGGACCCGCCCGCCGCGCCCCGGCAGCCCGGCAUGUGUGGCCACAGGCGCCCGUCGCCGCCGCUGUCCCGGGGCUGAGCCGCGCCUGGGGAUCUGGGACGGUGCGUGAGCGAGGGUGUGUGUCCGCCCCGGCCAGCUCCGAGCCGGCCCGAGCCUCCCGCUUGCUCCCCGGGCCGCGGUGCAUGUUCGCCUCCUGCCACUGUGUGCCGAGAGGGAGGAGAACCAUGAAAAUGAUCCACUUUCGGAGCUCCAGCAUUAAAUCACUCAACCAGGAGAUGAAAUGCACCAUCCGGCUGCUGGACGACUCGGAGAUCUCAUGCCACAUCCAGAGGGAGACCAAAGGGCAGUUUCUCAUCGACCACAUCUGCAACUACUAUAGUCUGCUGGAGAAGGAUUACUUCGGCAUUCGCUACGUGGACCCUGAGAAGCAACGGCACUGGCUUGAACCUAACAAGUCCAUCUCCAAGCAAAUGAAAUCUCAUCCACCAUACACCAUGUGCUUUAGAGUGAAAUUCUACCCACACGAACCCUUGAAGAUUAAAGAAGAGCUCACAAGGUACCUUUUGUACCUGCAAAUUAAAAGAGACAUUUUCCACGGUCGACUGCUCUGCUCCUUUUCAGAUGCUGCCUACCUGGGUGCCUGUAUUGUUCAAGCUGAACUUGGUGAUUACGAUCCCGAUGAGCAACCUGAGAAUUACAUCAGUGAGUUCGAGAUUUUUCCAAAACAGUCACAGAAGUUGGAAAGAAAAAUAGUGGAAAUCCAUAAAAACGAACUCAGAGGCCAGAGUCCACCGGUUGCUGAAUUUAAUCUACUUCUGAAAGCUCACACUUUGGAAACCUAUGGGGUGGAUCCUCACCCAUGCAAGGAUUCAACAGGCACAACAACUUUUUUAGGAUUCACUGCUGCAGGCUUUGUGGUAUUCCAGGGAAAUAAGAGAAUCCACUUGAUAAAAUGGCCAGAUGUCUGCAAGUUGAAGUUUGAAGGGAAGACAUUUUAUGUGAUUGGCACCCAGAAAGAGAAAAAAGCUAUGUUGGCUUUCCAUACUUCAACACCAGCUGCCUGUAAACAUCUUUGGAAAUGUGGCGUGGAGAACCAGGCCUUUUAUAAGUAUGCAAAAUCCAGCCAGAUCAAGACUGUGUCAAGCAGCAAGAUAUUUUUUAAAGGAAGCAGAUUUCGAUAUAGUGGUAGAGUUGCCAAAGAGGUGGUGGAGGCCAGUUCCAAAAUCCAGAGAGAACCUCCGGAGGUACACAGAGCUAACAUUACUCAGAGCCGCAGUUCCCACUCUUUGAACAAACAGCUCAUCAUCAACAUGGAGCCCUUGCAGCCCCUGAUGCCUUCUCCCAGUGAGCAGGAGGAGGAGCUUCCGCUGAGAGAGGGUAUUCCAAUACCCAAAGAAGACAUUUCUGCCCCACUGAUCUCCAGCUCACCAGUGAAAGAAGCCCAGGAGUAUGAGGACCCGCCAAGUGAAGAUGAUGAUCAAAUGAAAGACGAGCCCUUAACCAUCUCUGAACUGGCCUACAAUCCAAGUGCCAGCCUGCUCCCCACCCCUGUGGAUGAUGAUGAGAUUGACAUGCUCUUUGACUGUUCAUCUAGGCUGGAGUUGGAAAGAGAAGACACAGAUUCCUUUGAAGAACUGGAAGCAGAUGAAAAUGCCUUUUUGAUGGCUGAAGAAGAGGAGCUGAAGGAGGCUCACCGAGCUUUGACGUGGAGCUAUGACAUUCUGAGCGGCCAUAUUCGGGUGAACCCACUGGUCAAGAGUUUCUCCAGGCUCCUUGUGGUGGGCCUGGGGCUGCUGCUCUUUGUAUUCCCCCUGCUCCUCCUCCUUUUGGAGUCAGGUAUUGAUCUCUCCUUCUUAUGUGAAAUCCGCCAGACGCCAGAGUUUGAGCAGUUUCACUAUGAAUACUAUUGUCCUCUCAAGGAGUGGGUGGCUGGCAAAGUCAAUUUCAUCCUCUACAUGCUGGGUUGCUCAUAAAAUUUAUAUCUCAGAUGACUAAGGGCUAUAUUCAAUACUAGUGAUUAUUAUUUUUUUUUUCCAGCAAAUGCCUGGUUCUGAAUGGUCAUGGGGCCAUCAAAAGGCAUUCCUUAUUCACAACUGAUUAUUUAAACCUUAAGCUUGCUUUCCAUAAUUCACUGCACUUAAAUUAGUUAAAAUCAAAUACAGUUAUGUUAGUUAUCGGUCAAAAAGAUGGCCUCUAAACAACCAAAAAUAUGUUUAUUUUUAUUAUAGUACAGACUAACUCUUUAUUAUCAUAAUACAUAACACAUUGAGCUGAAUUAGAUUUCCCAUUUUUUAAAUAGCACCAUUAGAAGCUAUAGGGUCUUAGGAAAAACCCAAGAGAACAUUUUUGAAUAUAAUCCCUAGGAUUAUGUCCUCUAACCAAUGCCUAUACAACUAAAUUUAUGCUGGGUUUUUGUUUUGGUUUUUUUAAAAAUAUUUUUUAUGUGUUCAAAAUAUUUUGGUAAAUUUUUAGCAAAAAAAAAAAAAAGCCUCCUGGAGUUAUUUAAGUGUACAGAUUGUAAGACUAAUACACUAGGGUAUGUUGGGAAUUUUUUAAUGCUUUGGCACUGGUUUGUUUUUAAAAAUAUUUUUUGGCUGAACAAUUCCAUAAUUUGUUGUUUCCUGCAUAUAAGAUAGAAAAUAAGUAGAAAGAAACUCGUACGUAAAGUCCCCCAAAUGGAUGAUGGAACUGGGGAAUGUGGAAACUGAGAGCAUCAAGUGGACACAGUGUUCAUUUUCAAAGUAUUUGGACAAAAUGACUUUUUUAACUUUCAUUUGAAUUUUGUCCCUAUAUUUUGGAUAGGGAAAUAGAAGUAAAAUUUUAAAGAAAAAGUUGAAGAUAUGCUAGUUAAUUGUAUUAACCCAAGAGUGGAAGCAGAUGGGAAACGGGCAAAUAGCAAGUAGCAAAAAUAGAGUCCCGGUGAGGCUGGCAGGCAAAUAUGGUAGGCAGAGGAUCUAUUUCAUGAAAGAAAUUGUGAUGCAAGGUACUGGAUGAUGUGAAAAACAAGCUAUUUGAGUGCACUAAUUGUCAGAAUUGACAUUAAUAUGCUUAAGUGGACCCCAAAAAGAGUGGACCCCAAAAGAAUGGCAUGGGGUCCCUUAUGCCAUUCAUUGUGAUUCUGUAGCAGAAGUUUCAAAAGAAGUGUGUGUGUGUGUGUGUGUGUGAGAGAGAGAGAGAGAGAGAGAGAGAGAGAGAGAAGAGGACGGAUUUUGGCUUUUUGAUAAAUGCCAAUGCUCUUCCUUGUGGUAGUCAUUAUACUCCUUUUCUUUCCUGAUUUUCUUAAGAUCUUAAUUCAUUCAUAAUUGGAGAGCCCAUUAAGUGGAGGGAACUCAUUAGAUGAUACACCAUUUCAUUUUGGGUGACGUUACACAACGCCUCCCUAACCCGACAACAAGGGGAAGACUUACUCUCCUACCUUCCACCACACCAUUAAAUCCAGACAGAAACACUCUGCUGCCUUCCCCUGGGGAGUCCCUACCAAAACUAAGAUAUAAGUGAGAAAGAGGAGAGUAAAGAGAGUAUAGAGCUCAGAGUACAGAGCAUUGAGGCUCUCUCUAGAUUGAAAAUGUUUCAUUUACAGAGAGAUUGGGCCGUAUGAAUCUCUUCCUAAUUCUAACCAAUACUCCUACUUAUAAUUAGCACAAUUUCUAAGUUGGCAAUUCUAGUCCUACUUAUUCAGUGGAGCUCUGAGUACUCACUGGAUACUUAAUUUUGAAAAGUUUUAAAAGGCAGCUCAUAAAACCUUCAUUGAGUAAACUAUAACAUAUAUUUGCUAUUAUGUUUAUAGAGUGUCCUUUCUCAUGUGCUUUCAGGGAUUCAUUUUGCUUUUUAAUAAUUAUGUUUUCUAUAGUUUUGGGGGGAAGUUUCGCAAAUGGUCAGUUUUGAACUUUUGCAAACGGUCAGUUCUGAACUUGAGGGCUUUCCCCCAUUUUUUUUCCUUGGCAUGACUUAAGUCAGGCAUCUGACAUAACGGUGCUCUAGUGUGGUGUACAUGAAAUUAACCCCUCUUCUAAAAACUAUGCUUCAUAUUUCCCCUUUUUAAGUUCUCUAACCAUGACAAGUUAGUUAUUCCUCACCCUUUAAAAAAAUAACAUUAAUAUUUUUAAGUUAUGAAAGUAAUGUGCUAUCCAUUGUAAAACAUUUGAAAAUAUUGACAAUAUCACAUAUAGUGCAACCAUGCAGAUUUAUAUUAAGAGUAAUAUAUUUACCAUUUUCCAUUAAAUUUUUUUUCUCUUAAAAUCUUUUUUCUCAAAAACUUUACUGUUUAAUAGAAAUGUCUUUAAAUGAAGGAAAUGACAGGGCAGGGUCUGAUGACUUUAAAGAAUAGCUACCAACAAUAAAGCUGAGAUCCUGGAAUGCCAUCUUAUCAGGGUAGAAUCAGAAUCUUUUAGAAAUAUCCAUCUAGGUUUUAGCAGAAGAGAGUCAUCUGUUACCUGAAUCAAAUGAGGAAAAGACUGCUUCCAAAGAUGAAGAGUAUAGUGAGACAGCUCAAAGCAAGUGUGUGAGUAUAUGUAUAUUCUAUAUUACUGGUGUAUAUGUGUUUAUAUAUGAAACUGUAUAUAUGUGUUGUAUCUGUACACACACAACUGAUAGGCCCUCAUUAUAUAGUUGUGUUUAUUUCUUCCCAUCUGAGGAAUAUAUGACAUGUUACUGUUCCUUUUUCCUCUUAGAUAUGGUGGAUAAAAUCCAGUCUCAGAGGUUGAAAUUUCCAUUAAAACCACUGUGUGUACCUUUGUAGUUAUAUAUACACACAUAUAUGGUAAAUACAUAUACACACACAAUCUUGCCUUUAGUGCUAAUGCAAGUUGGAUUAUGAAACAAAAUGUAGGUAAAGUAUUUUGUGUUUUUGUCUGUGCUUGGAACAUAUUACAAAAUGUUAUGUAUUUGGAAUAUAUCUUGUGGUUUGUCUAACAUUUAUAGAGACAACUUUGGGAAGAAUUCAAAAUGAGUUGAAUUCAUUGAAAUACCAGAGAUCUGGGGGCCAUGUUACCUGUGAUUGGAGCCUUAUCUUUGUAUAGUGAAAUUUGCAUUUCUAUGUCAACAUCCAGUUUGUUCUAUGUUAAUUUGGUGGCAGGAAUCCCUAAUAAAAAUACUCUGGGGAAAAAUG